AUGGCCGAUGUGAACGAGUUGAUCCUCUCCAAGGCGGGCUCCAAUGUUGAAUUGAUCCCGGAGAUCGCCAAGCACCUGAUCGCUUCUGGUGGCAAGCGGCUCCGCCCGAUGCUGACUCUGGCCCUGGCCGAUAUCUUUGACUAUCAGGGCAACGGUGAUGUCACGCUGGCGGCGAGUGUCGAAUUCAUGCACACAGCGACAUUGCUUCAUGACGAUGUCGUUGACGAGAGCGAUAUGCGCAGAGGCAAACUGGCGGCCCGCAAACUCUGGGGCAAUCAGGCCAGCGUGCUGGUCGGCGACUAUCUUCUCGGCCAGGCCUUCAAGAUGAUGGUCGAUGUCGGCUCGCUUGAAGCGCUUCGGAUCCUUUCAACUGCAUCGGCGAUCAUUGCCGAAGGGGAAGUGCUCCAGCUCGGUGCGGCCAAGAACAUUGCGACGACGGAAGCUGAUUAUCUGCGCGUCAUUGAGGCCAAAACCGCCGCACUUUUCGCGGCGGCGGCAGAAGUCGGUCCGGUGAUUGCGGGGCAGGAUGACAGCAUGAAACUGGCUGCACGUACCUAUGGCAUGGAGCUUGGAUAUGCUUUCCAGCUGGUGGACGACGCUCUUGAUUAUGGCGGAUCCACGGCGGACCUUGGCAAGGAUGUCGGCGAUGAUUUCCGUGAAGGCAAGAUUACGCUUCCUGUCGUUCUGGCAGUCGCGCGCGGAACGGAUGAAGACAGAGCUUUCUGGAAGCGCUGCCUGGAAGGCGACGACGUUGAAGACGGCGACCUGGAACAGGCAAUCGAUUUGCUGAAAAAACAUGAUGCCUUGAGUGACACGGUCAUCAGGGCACGCGACUAUGGUGACAAGGCCUUGAAGGCACUCGAAGCAUUGCCGCAGGGGCGUCACAACGAGGCACUGGCGGACGCCGUGGCGUUUUGUAUCGCCCGCGUGAGCUAG